UUUAUAGAUUUGUUUCUCGCUUGUUGUCAUAAGAUUUGUAGAUGCUUUGUUAUAUGGAAUAAAACUGCUAUACUGAAAAAAAUGUGAAUUAUCUUAGGCUUGUUUCAUAGCCUUUGAAAGUUAAACUUCAUAAUUUUACUAUAUCAGGUCUGUACAUUUGAGAAUUAUGUUCAUCAGAAGAUGUAUGUAACAAAUUAAAAGCUGUCAUUUUACAUGCUCCUACUGAGGGAGUUUGAUAUAUAAUGCAUGCAGUAUAUUAAUGUGAUUUAGAUUCCUCAUUGUACAUUAAACUACUGGCAUUCAACCACACUCACUGCUUACUGAGGUGUCAGUUGCACAAAUGUCACACUUAAUGUGUCAUAGCAAAUGUUUUAAACAGCUUAAUCAGUAAACCUACCAUCCAAAUUCCACUGUAUGCGGUGCAACUAUAAUAUCCACUGUUAUUUAAGGAGCACAAAUCUUGAGGCAUAAAUAAACAGAAAUAUUUUUCAUUUUUUGUCUUUGUAUUGGAACAUAUCAGUAAUUCUAGUGCAGAAGGUCCUGCUGCAUUUUAAAAGAACAUGGUGCACUGACUUUGUUAGAGGUCAAACUAUGAAGUACACCACAUAUGUAUAUUCAUUAUACAGUAACUCUUUCCUGUUGACAACACUGCAGCUCUGUCUUAUUUCACCAUGAUGACUAAGCUUCCCCAGUAAAAGGGACACACAUCUUUUGCAACUGUCUUGUGGGUGGGACAAAAUAAACCAGGAAGUGUUUUAUAGCCAAACUGGUUUGACGUAAAGCUCUUUAGUGGUCAGCUUUGUUUUGUUUGGGGCUUAACAAUCUGGCGAGAGAGUUUGUUGACAUCAGUGCCGGGAAAGAUUUCACUAAUGAAGACAGUUCUGGGUUGUGAAAACACUUCUGCACAGGGAGAUUGGGGUCAGAACAAUAUGCAUGCAGAGCUCUUGGCACCGAACAGCCCUCUAAUUUCCUGAGAGAGGCUCCAUGUGCUACAUCCACACUGCACCGUUUGAAAAGAUUUGAAGAUGGUUUUGUCAUUGGCUUCCAUCAUCUCUCUUUUGGCUGUCAUUAUUUCAGCUGCACACGGUGGGAAAGUUCUGGUAUUUCCACAUGACGGCAGCCACUGGGUGAACAUGAGGGUACUUGUUGAGGAGCUGCACUCAAGGGGACACACUGUGACUGUCAUUCGUGUUGCAGACAGCUGGUACAUCAGUGAAACGUCUCCACAUUACAAUACUGUCACAGUGGAUAUUGCUGGUGGUGCAAAUGAGGAUUUCUUUCGUCUCUUUGUCUCUAAAAGUAUUCAAAUUAAACGAAGCAAGGGGUCUGCGUGGGCCCGUUUUGCUUUAGACAUGGAGUUAAAAGACAAGUUCUUUGAAUUACACAAGAAAGUCUGUGAAGUGGUCAUGUACUUAUUUGAAAACAAAGAGUUAAUGAAGUCCUUCCAAGACGCCAAGUAUGAUGCAGUUUUGACGGACCCUGCUAACGGAGGAGGAGUGAUGCUGGCUCACUAUCUUGGAUUGCCGUUAGUGUUUAAUGCUCGAUGGACUGUUCACGGUGAAGCCCAUUUUGCUAUUGCACCCUCUCCGCUUUCCUACGUCCCAUUUCCACCUUCAGAAUUAACAGAUCAAAUGACUUUCUUUGAGAGGGUCAAAAACCUUGUUUUUUACACCAUGAGGAUGUAUCUAUACAAGCAGAUAGUUGGGCCACAUUAUUCUGCAUUGUCCAGCCGCUACUUUGGUCCAGAUGUAGACUACUUCUCCCUGUUUCAAGCAGCAGACAUUUGGCUCAUGAGAGUGGACUUUGUGUUUGAAUUCGCACGGCCCACCAUGCCGAAUAUUGUCUAUAUGGGAGGGUUCCAGUGUAAACCUGCAAAACCUCUUCCUGAACACCUGGAGCAGUUUGUGCAGAGUUCAGGAGAGCAUGGGGUCAUCAUCAUGUCUCUGGGGACUUUGAUUGGAGAGCUUCCCCAUGACCUAGCUGAUGAGAUUGCUGCAGCUUUUGCUAAAUUACCCCAGAAAGUCAUCUGGAGAUAUAAAGGUGACAGACCAGCCACUCUGGGCCACAACACUUUAAUAGUCGACUGGAUGCCACAAAAUGAUCUUUUAGGACAUCCCAAGAUUAAACUAUUUGUAAGUCAUGGAGGAACAAAUGGAAUAUAUGAGGCUAUAUAUCAUGGAGUUCCAAUUGUAGGCAUUCCCUUUGUGUUUGAUCAAGCCGACAACCUCUCUAGACUGAGAGCAAAGGGCGUUGCAAAGGUUUUGGAUGUUUCUGAAUUGGAUAAGGAAAUAUUUCAGAAUGUCAUACAGGAAGUCCUGAAUGAGCCCUCCUACAGGAUGAACAUGCAGAGACUCUCUAGGCUGCACAGAGAUCAGCCAAUGAAGCCGCUGGAUAACGCCCUCUUCUGGAUAGAGUUUGUCAUGAGACACAAAGGUGCAGCUCACCUGAGAACCGAGUCCUACAAAAUGCCCUGGUAUUCCUACCACUCUGUAGAUGUGAUGCUCUUCUUAGUUGGAGUUGUGCUGAUAAUUCUGGGCACCUUUGCUGCCUUAGUAAGGUGUUUCUGCUCCAUGUGUCUGAGAAAAAAAAGUAAAUGUGAUUUAAAAAAAUCUAAGUAGCAAUCACAAUGAAAUCUAAACCACAAAUAUGCUUUAAAUGUGUAAAACACGACAAUGUUGGCUCAGCUAAAUUUGUACUAGUUAUUUAAUGGAGAUAACAGAAAAACAUUUCCAUUGAGUUUCGAAACCUUUGUCAGAUUAUAGUAAAAAAGACAACAAACCUAAAUCAUUCAGUGAUUUAUAAUUCUUUAUUUCAUCAAUACGGAAAAACACGUGUUUAAGGCUGAUUAUAUUUGUUUUCACCAUAUUCUUACAGUAUUGUUAUUUCACCAACCCCAUACUCUGGAUAAACAAACAUGUCAUACCUUUAUGCAAUUUGUCUAUGCAGGUUGGCAAGUACAUUAUUUUGAAAUAUUCUAGUCAGGGUUUCACAUCAACCAAUCAAUACUCUUUGAAUAUGUGGCCCUAGAUAUCUGCAAAUUUAGAUCAGAGUACACAUGGAUACAAUGUUAACCUUUAGGAGAAAGGGUUACCAAAAUGUACAGUAACAUUGCUGUAUUCGAGGGAAGAAAAUAAAAGCAUUUAUAAAUUA